AUGGGUUAUCAAUGUGACAUGACCAAUCAAAAAGCAAAUGGGAUCCCAGACUGUAUCAGGUUUCUUUCAAAGGGAGAGGUGAAGAACGAGAAUCAGAGCAGUGCCCAAGAAUUUAUUCUUCAGGGUUUCUCCACUGUCCAUCAGGAGCUGCAAGUCCUGCUCUUCCUCAUCUUCAUCAUCAUCUAUGUGCUGACGCUGGCAGAGAACAUGGUCAUCAUUGUAACAGUACGAAUGAGCAUUCACCUCCAGACCCCCAUGUACUUCUUUCUGAGCAAUCUCUCCUUUCUGGAGAUGUGGUACAUUACAGUCACCAUGCCCAAGAUGCUCCUCAGCUUGCUGACAAGCAGCCAAAACAUCUCAUUUGUGGGAUGCAUGACUCAACUCUAUUUCUUCAUUGCACUGGCCUGCACCGAGUGUGUCCUCCUAGCUGUCAUGGCCUAUGACCGCUAUGUUGCCAUCUGUAGCCCCUUGCGCUAUCCAGCCAUCAUGACUCAUGAGCUUUGCUUCCGCUUGGUGGCUGGGUCUUGGAUGGGAGGCUUCACCAGCUCUAUGCUCAAGGUCACCUUCAUCUCCCGCCUUACCUUUUGUGGCUCAGUCAUCAACCACUUCUUCUGUGACAUCUCACCACUGCUGAACCUGGCCUGCACGGACAUGUCAUUGGCAGAACUGGUGGACUUUAUACUUGCCUUGAUAAUGAUCCUCAUGCCACUGCUUGUGGUAGUGGCCUCCUACUUGUGCAUAGCAGCUGCAGUAGCACAGAUCCCCACUGCUCAGGGGAGGCGGAAAGCCUUCUCCACUUGUGCCUCCCACCUUGCUGUGGUAGUCAUCUUCUAUUCUACCACUCUUUUCACCUAUGCCCGGCCCAGGGCCAUGCUUGCUUUUGACUCCAACAAACUAGUGUCUGUACUCUACACAAUUGUAGUGCCUUUAUUCAACCCCAUAAUUUACUGCCUAAGAAACAAAGAUGUCGAAGAUGCCCUAAAGAAAAUGAUAGCAGGCAGAUAA